AUGGUCGUCCUCAAGAGCUUCGUGCUCGGCGCUCUGGCAGCUACCGUUGCCGCCAAGUCUGCCGUGCUUGACCUCAUCCCCUCCAACUUUGACGAUGUUGUCCUCAAGUCUGGCAAGCCCACUCUUGUCGAGUUCUUCGCUCCCUGGUGCGGCCACUGCAAGAACCUUGCUCCCAUCUACGAGAAGCUCGCCACCGCUUUUGAGUCCACCAAGGAUGUCCAGAUUGCCAAGGUCGACGCCGACGCCGAGAGAGACCUGGGUAAGAGAUUCGGGAUCCAGGGAUUCCCUACUCUCAAGUGGUUCGACGGCAAGAGCGACCAGCCUAUCGACUACAAGGGAGGUCGUGAUCUUGAGGCUCUGAGCACCUUCAUCACGGAGAAGACUAGUGUGAAGCCCAAGAAGAAGUACACCCCGCCCAGCGCCGUUAACAUGCUCACCGAUGAGUCCUUCAAGACCACCAUUGGCGGCGACAAGGAUGUUCUCAUUGCCUUCACUGCUCCCUGGUGCGGACAUUGCAAGACCCUUGCCCCUAUCUGGGAGAUUGUCGCCCAGGACUUUGCUCUUGACGAGGGCGUCGUGAUUGCCAAGGUUGACGCCGAGGCCGAGAACAGCAAGGGCACUGCCGCCGCCCAGGGCGUUUCCUCUUACCCCACCAUCAAGUUCUUCCCUAAGGGCUCCAAGGAUGGCGAGCUCUACACCGGUGGCCGCAGCGAAGACGACUUUGUCAACUUCAUCAACGAGAAGGCCGGCACCAACCGCAGCCCCGGUGGUGCUCUCAACGCUAUCGCCGGUACUAUUGCUGCCCUCGACGAGAUCGUCGCCAAGUAUACUGGCGGCACCAGCCUCUCGGACGCUGCCGCCGAGGCCAAGAAGCAGGCCGAGACCCUCAAGGAGAAGGCCCAGUACAAGUACGCCGAGUACUAUGUCCGUGUCUUUGACAAGCUCAGCAAGAGCGACGGCUACGCUCAGAAGGAGCUCACCCGCCUGGACGGCAUCCUCUCCAAGGGUGGCUUGGCCCCUGCCAAGCGCGACGAGAUCACCAGCAAGACCAACAUUCUCCGCAAGUUCCUCGAGAAGGUUACCGGUGAGAAGGAGGAGUUGUAG